GGUUUUGAAAGUGCCAAGAGACUGAGUCACCAUGGUGCAGAAAUACCAGUCACCUGUCCGGGUGUAUAAAUACAGUUUUGAAAUGAUUAUGGCUGCCUAUGAGCGCCGUUUCCCCACGUGUCAUCUUAUCCCAAUGUUUGUGGGCAGCGAUAUCAUAAAUGAGUUCCUCAGUGAGGAUGGAGCAGUGCAUGUAGUAGAGAGACGGUGCAAACUGGACGUGGAUGCUCCACGGCUGCUUAAAAAGAUUGCAGGAGUAGACUAUGUCUAUUUCAUCCAGAAAAAUUCUUUGAACAGACGGGAACGGACUCUGCAAAUUGAAGCUCACAAUGAAACCUUUGGCAGUCGUAUUGUGGUCCAUGAGUAUUGCUGUUACACUGUACACCCCGACAAUGAAGAAUGGACUUGCUUUGAGCAGUCGGCAAGCUUAGACAUCAAAUCGUUCUUUGGAUUUGAGAGCACAGUGGAAAAGAUUGCCAUGAAGCAGUAUACCAGCAAUAUAAAGAAGGGUAAGGAAAUAAUUGACUAUUACUUGAACCAAAUGGAGGAGGAAGACAUAUCGUACAUGCCUCGAUGGACUCCUGCCACCAAGCAGCAAGAGUGUAUCACCUCUACCUCAAGCCGUCCCACAUCCCCUGCUCUGAACAUACCAACUGAAACUUCUACUGAUGGGCCGAUCAGCAGGGAUAGCCAUCCCACUUCAUCCAGUCCUCCUGAGCCUCUAAGCAGCACUCCCGAUGACAAACUUGAAGCAGAUUACAUUAAACGUUACCUGGGAGACCUCACACCUUUGCAGGAGAGCUGCCUUAUCCGCCUGAGACAGUGGCUGCAGGAAACCCACAAAGGCAAAAUCCCCAAAGAUGAACACAUCCUGAGAUUCUUGCGUGCCCGGGACUUUAACAUCGACAAAUCCAGGGAAAUCCUCUGUCAGUCGCUCACCUGGCGUAAGCAGCACCAAGUUGACUACCUGCUGAGCACCUGGAGCCCCCCACAGGUCCUGCAUGAUCAUUAUGCUGGAGGCUGGCACCAUCACGACAAAGAUGGCCGACCGCUGUAUCUGCUCAGGCUUGGACAGAUGGACACCAAGGGGCUGGUCAGAGCUCUGGGUGAAGAGUCUCUCCUUAGGCAUGUGCUCUCCAUUAAUGAGGAAGGACUAAGGCGCUGUGAAGAGAAUACCAAAAUAUUUGGACGACCCAUCAGCUGCUGGACCUGCCUUGUGGAUUUGGAAGGACUCAAUAUGAGGCAUUUGUGGAGGCCAGGGGUCAAGGCUUUACUGCGCAUCAUUGAAGUGGUGGAAGCAAACUACCCAGAGACUUUGGGGCGGCUGUUGAUCUUGCGAGCUCCCAGAGUAUUUCCAGUUCUGUGGACAUUGGUCAGUCCUUUUAUAGAUGAGAAUACAAGGAAGAAGUUCCUUAUCUAUGCUGGUAAUGACUACCAAGGUCCUGGAGGACUGGUGGAUUACAUUGACAAAGAAGUGAUUCCAGAUUUCCUCGGGGGAGAGUGCCUGUGUGAGGUUCCAGAGGGUGGGCUGGUUCCCAAAGCUCUGUACCGGACUCCGGAGGAGCUGGAAAGUGAGGAUAUCAGACUGUGGACCGAGACCAUCUACCAGUCAGCCAGCGUGUUUAAAGGUGCCCCACAUGAGCUAUCGAUCCAGAUCGUGGAUGCCUCUUCUGUGAUCACUUGGGACUUUGAUGUCUGUAAAGGGGACAUUGUUUUUAAUAUUUACCACUCAAAGAGGGCGCCACAAGUGCCCAAACGGGAUACCCUUGGAGCUCACGGCAUCACCUCUCCCGUGUGCAACAAUGUGCAGUUAAUUGACAAGGCUUGGCAGUUGGGCCGCGAUUACAGUAUGGUGGAGUCUCCGCUGACCUGCAAGGAAGGAGAGAGCGUGCAGGGUUCUCAUGUGACCCGCUGGCCGGGUUUCUACAUCCUGCAGUGGAAAUUUCAUAGCAUGCCAGCUUGUGCCACCAGCAGCCUCCCACGUGUGGACGAUGUCCUUGCAUCCCUACAAGUCUCCUCCCACAAAUGCAAAGUGAUGUUCUACACCGAGAUCAUUGGCUCUGAGGAUUUUAGGGGUUCCAUGACCAGCUUGGAAUCGAGCCACAGCGGUUUCUCUCAACUCAGUGCCGCCACCACCUCCUCGAGCCACUCUCACUCCAGUUCCAUGGUGUCCAGAGAACCAUUCCCUCUGUCCGAGUCUGUGCUCCCCUCUUUCACUCACUCCCAAGACCUGAAGGCUAGUCCAGAUGGGCUCCUGCGCCUCUCCCCGUCCUUCUGGGGCCAGCACUUUUCCACACUCUACACCCUCAGACCCCCCGUCUUCCUGCGAUGGCCCCCAUCCUGGCGCCUCCCAUUCAUCCGGGAGGCCGUGGGAACCGCUGCCAUUGAGCCAGAGAGCACCGACUCUUCCUGAGGCCACGCAUGAAGGGUUAAGGGUUUUGGAUGGUUUACGAUAGAUUACAGGUAGCGUUGGCGUUCGUGGCAUUCAGGUCCCUGCCAGCUGAGACAACACCAGGUUAAAGCACUCGGCCUUGGACAAGUGGGGAGUCGGCAUGUGUUGCUCGCACAACUGUUUCAGUAUAUAUUCCCAGUGCAAUAGGAACUGUGAUAUUCAUAUGCAAUAGGCACGGGACAUGUUGCAACCACCUGCUGGAGAGGUUGGGUCAGCAAAUCCAAGUUGUACAUUAUGAUGUGCCCUUGAGAGUCUAUUCUGAUUGGAUGUUGAAGAGUGUCUGGCUUUGUCAUAUGGGGAGGCCUUUGCAUAACCGUAUCUACAGGACUAGCCAUAUGCUUUCUCUUAGCCAUGCCCUUCUACUCAUCACUGUCAGAGACGUGACUUUUUUUUUUUUUUACACAA